UUCUUCGCUCCCGCCCCGCUGACCCAGCCACCCUGGCACGGUUUUCUAUUCGCCCGGGUCGCGGGUGGGAGGCCAGGAACGGCGGGGUUCAGGAGCCUGGCUCCUCGCCAGGGCUGUGGCCUUCGGCCCAGGGGCCACCAGGCGGCCGCGCCUGCGAGGCGGGCGGGGAGGACGCCGGCCCCGGCGCAGCUCGGCCAUGGGCUCCCGCAGCUCCCACGCCGCCAGGAUCCCCGACGUGGACAGCAUCCAGCGGGAGACCGGCUUCUCGCAGGCCAGUCUGCUCCGCCUCUACCACCGGUUCCGAGCGCUUGACCGCAAUGACAAGGGCUACCUCAGCCGCGUGGAUCUGCAGCAGAUCGGGGCGCUGGCCGUGAACCCCCUGGGAGACCGCAUUAUAGACAGCUUCUUCCCUGACGGGAGUCUGCAACUGGACUUUCCAGGCUUUGUCCGAGUCCUGGCUCGCUUUCGACCUGUAGAUGAUGGGGACCACGGAAACCGAGACCCCAAGGAACCCGAGCCCCUCAACAGCAGAAUGAAUAAACUUCGCUUUGCAUUCCAGCUCUACGACCUGGAUCGAGAUGGAAAGAUCUCCAGGCAUGAGAUGCUGCAGGUACUCCGGCUGAUGGUUGGGGUACAGGUGACAGAAGAGCAGCUGGAGAGCAUUGCCGACCGCACAGUGCAGGAAGCCGACGAAGAUGGGGAUGGCGCUGUGUCCUUCCUGGAGUUCGCCAAGUCCUUAGAGAAGAUGAACAUCGAGCAGAAAAUGAGCAUCCGGUUCCUGAAGUGAACCCCUUUGUGCCAUGGGUAGCUUACAUGGACCAGUUCUGCUUGGGAUUCCUCCUCAUGGAGGUCCAGCCCCAGUGAACUGUGUUCUUACUUGUACACUGAGCUCUAACUAGGACCAAGGAGAAAAGCUUGGAGGGGUGUUUACCAACUCAUUUGAACUCAGAUCUGUGAAUCAGCCAGAAAAUUUUUGCUUGCAAGUGACUGAAAACCCAAAUCAAAGGGAUUUCAGUUAAAAAAGAAUUUUAUGGGCUCAAGUAUUGAAACAGUGUGGAAGUAUCCAGAAAACUGGGAAAGUCUGGAAGUGUCUCAGGCACAGCUGAAUCCAAGGACCAAAAUGAUGCUAUCAGGACUCAGUUAUUCUCUGUCUCUCAUCUCAGCUUUCUUUUGUGUUGUAUUCGUUCUCAGGUGGGCUCUUUCCCUGUAGUGGAGGAUGGCCACCAGCAGCUCCAGGCUUCCAUCCUACUAGCCUAGUAAUGCAGAGGAAAGAGAUUUUCUUGUUCAAUAAUUCCAAGCAAAGAGUCUCAUUAGCCCCCCUGGAACCUUGUCCUUUCUCCAGGGGAAUGGAACUUUCUAUGUGGCCAGGACUGUGUCAUGUGCUAAAUGCCAGAGCCAGGAAAUAAGGCCUGAGGAGGACUCAAGAUGGGGUCAGGGAUGGUUGCUUAAAGGAAAAUGCAGGGCUAUUAUCAGAAGGGGAAAUCAUGCUGGUCAGGCAAAACAAGAGAUAUCCAUUAGUGUUAGGUUGACCAAAUGGAGGGAUCCUUGAAGUCUGGCUUCUUAAGUGGGUUUGCACUGAUGGAGGUGGGUAGUGGGGGAAGAGGUGAUGUAAAAAUAAUAAAGAAGACAUACCUUCCUAGAGUAUGAAAAAAUUAAAAGGUUUGGAGAGUACUUCCAUUUUGUUUCACGGUAAGAUGUUCAAGCAUUGGCAUAUCACAGAAGAGAGUGUAAAAGUCACAUAAAAUCAUGAGAUUCUAUGUCUGUAGCAAAACACUCUGGCUAUAUGUAAAGGAGAUGCUGUUGGUACCCCGCUCAUAUCCCUUCCGAGGCCUGUGCUGGAGUUGUAUCAACACAUUGAUACAAGACACAUUGGGAGCCAAUUGUGCUUCUAUCUUCCUAAGUCUGCUUUCAGUGAUGCCAGACUUGGUAGCUUGAAAUUGCUGCGGUGGGAAUAUUUACACCAUAGACAUUGGCAGAUGCAAUAGUCCAGCACUUUUCUGCUUAGGAGAGCCUGUUUUUAAACAUUUAUCAGCACAUCAGCUGCUCGGCAUUCACCAUUACUGUAUAUGUCAAUGACUUUUCCCCCAGCUUUAUUGAGAUAUAAUUGGUGUACAAAAAACUGCACAUAAUUAAUGUAUGCAAUUUGGUGAGUUUGGACAUGUGUAUACACUUGUAUUACCAUUACCAUGAUUAAGGUAAUAAACAUAUCCAUCAUCUCCAAAAAUUUCCUGUGUCCCUUUGUU